GCGCUUGAGGCGGCUGAGCCGGCGGCGGGGUCCCCACAGUUGGCGGCUGUGCGCUGGUUUCUGCGGGUGACUUGGCCAUGGCCUCCGAGAAGCUGCUGACGACCGUCACCUGUACCGCGCCUGUCAACAUCGCGGUCAUCAAGUACUGGGGGAAGCGAGAUGAGGAGCUGAUCCUACCCAUCAAUUCCUCACUGAGUGUCACUUUGCACCAGGACCAGUUAAAAACCACCACCACGGCCACCAUCAGCAAGGACUUCACGGAGGACCGCAUUUGGCUGAACGGCCAGGAGGAGGACGUGGGGCAGCCACGCCUCCAGGCCUGCCUGAGAGAGAUUCGCCGCCUGGCUCGGAAGCGGAGAAGCACAGGCGAUGGAGACUCAUUGCCUCUGAGCCUCAGCUACAAGGUGCACAUAGCCUCUGAGAACAACUUCCCCACGGCCGCGGGCCUGGCCUCCUCUGCAGCAGGCUAUGCCUGCCUAGCCUAUACCCUGGCCCGGGUGUAUGGGGUUGAGGAUGACCUCUCUGAAGUGGCACGCCGUGGCUCUGGCAGCGCCUGCCGGAGCCUGUACGGGGGCUUUGUGGAGUGGCAGAUGGGGGAGCAGGCUGAUGGGAAGGACAGUGUCGCCCGGCAGGUGGCUCCUGAGUCACAUUGGCCCCAACUCCGAAUCCUCGUCCUUGUGGUGAGCGCGGAGAAGAAGCAGAUGGGCAGCACAGUGGGCAUGCAGACCAGUGUGGAGACCAGCUCCCUGCUCAAGUUCCGGGCAGAGUCGGUGGUGCCGUCGCGCCUGCGGGAGAUGAUCUCCUGCAUCCAGGCCCGGGACUUCCCGGGUUUUGCCGAGCUGACCAUGAAGGACAGCAACCAGUUCCACGCCACCUGCCUGGACACCUUCCCCCCGAUCUCGUACCUCAACGACGUCUCCAGACGGAUCGUACAGCUGGUGCACCGUUUCAACGCCUGCCACGGACAGACGAAGGUGGCGUACACGUUUGAUGCGGGCCCCAACGCUGUGAUCUUCACCCUGGAGGACACCGUGGCUGAGUUUGUGGCUGCCGUGAGACACAGCUUUCCCCCAGAGACGAAUGGAGACAAGUUUCUGAAGGGGUUACAAGUGACACCUGUUCUUCUCUCUGAUACGCUGAAAGCUGCACUGGCCAUGGAGCCCAGCCCUGGUGGUGUCCAGUACAUCAUUGCUACCCAGGUAGGCCCAGGGCCUCAGAUCCUAGAUGACCCCCACGCACACCUCCUGGGCCCAGAUGGCCUGCCGAAGCCAGCUGCCUGAUUACUUCUGCCACGGGAUCCCCACCUUCUGCCUGCACAAGGGGCCACUCUGGGACUAGGAGCUCAUGCGCCUGUUGGUGUGCAUUUGUGGGGACUUCUGGGGCUGCUCUGCACUCGGCCUAGCCAACACGCUGUGGCCAGGUCAUUGUUGGAGAUGGGGCACGAGCACUUGUGGCUACCCAGGCAGUCAGGAAGAUCCUACCAAGUGCCUCACUAUGCCCAGCCAGCACCCAGGGCUCUGCCAGAAUGGGAGUUAGGGCCUGAGCCCGUUGCUGAGAGGAUCCCUGACCACUGGGGAGCCCUGUCCCUCCCAGUUGUGGGUGUGAGUGUGCGGGGCAGCUCCUGGCUCAGGAGACAGGUGCUUCAAGGGUGCUGGUGGUGGACAGUGCUUCUUCUGAGACCCGGGCUGACCAUGCACUCAGGCCUCAGGUGUGGAUGGAGUGUUUGGGCUGGGCCUCUGGUGACUGGUCCCCAAGGAGUAAACCGAGUGUUGCCCAUC